AUGGCGAUCAGGGGAUGGAGGAGAAGGGGGGGGGGGGGGGGGGGGGGGGGGGGGGGGGGGGGGGGGGGGCGGGGGGGGGGGGGGGCUGGUGCUGUAGAUCCCCUCCCCCCCACUGCUGCACCCGCAGCAGGGGGAGGUAGGAGAAGGGGAGGGGGGGGGGGGGGGGGUUUGUGCAUGGCGUGUGCUGAAGGCAGCAGGGCGCGCGAGGCGCACAGGGCAGCAGGGCGCACACGGCAGCAGGGCGCACAGGGCAGCAGGGCGCACAGGGCAGCAGGGCAGCAGGGCGCACAGGGCUGCAGGGCAGCAGGGCGCGCGGGGCAUGCAGGGUUGCAGGCAGCAGCAAGGGCUAUAGCGGCAACAGCAAGGGCUAUAGCGGCAGCAGCAGGGCAGAAGGGCGCACAGAGCGCACAGGGCGAGCUGGGCGCACAGGGCAGGCAGGGCGCACAGGGCGCGCAGUGCUGCAG